AUGUCUCGCGCAACUGAUGUUUACUUCGAUUUGAAUGACGGACACAAGAUCCCGGCAUUGGGCUUGGGAACUGUUCCUUCGAACGAUCCAAGUGAAGUGAAAGACCAAGUUAUUACCGCAAUCAAAGCGGGGUUCCGCCACAUUGAUACUGCCUGGUACUAUGGAACAGAAAAGUAUGUUGGUCAAGCUUUGAAGCAAUUGUUUGACGAGAAUGUUAUCAAGCGUGAAGAUGUCUUUAUCACCACUAAGGUAUGGCCAUCAUUCUACCAUAGCCCAGAAAAAUCAUUAGACACCUCUUUGUCUAACUUGGGUUUGGACUACGUUGAUCUCUUCUUGCAACACUGGCCGGUUGUCUUGCACGGUGGUCCCGACGGUACGCCUACAGCACCAAAGGACGAGAAUGGAAACCUUCAGUACGACGAUGACCCAGUGAAUGGUACGAAAUAUAUUGAUGUCUACCAUGAGCUUGAGAGAAUUAAGACGGAAACAAACAAAGUGAGAUCCAUUGGUGUGUCUAACUACUCUUUGCCAAGGCUUCGUAAGUUGUUGAAGGAGGCCAAGAUUACUCCUGUCGUGGACCAGAUCGAGUACCACUGCCAAUUGCCACAGCAAGAUUUGGUGGACUUUGCUCAAUCGCACAAAAUCAUCAUUGAGGCGUACUCGCCUGUUGGUAGUGACGGAGCACCUGUGCUUAAGGUUCCAUUAGUACAAGAGCUUGCUAAGAAAUAUAAUGUGAGUGUCAAUGAAAUUGCGAAUGCUUAUCACAUUAAGUCUGGCAGAGUGUCUUUGCCCCGUUCUUCCAAUUUGGAGAGAAUCAAGAACGACAAUGUGAAGUUGCCUAACUUGACCAAGGAAGAUUUGGAUGCGCUUUAUGAAGUUGGUGCAAAGAACCCAAAGAGAUACAUCAACGACCCAUGGGGCUACGGUAUUGGAUUCAAAUACUGGGAAGGCGACACCUUGUCAACUGAGUUUGAGUAA